AUGCAUUCCGGAGCUGCAGUCGCCUUCAUUUUGGCAGCACUGAUCGCUGCAGUAAUCCUGCCCAGCCCAGCCAUAGCCAUUCCCAUGGAAGAUGACACUGUGGACAGACCAAACACCGAUUACCCAGCCUUGUUCAGAGCCUUCCUGGACCUGGGAAACGCCCUCUUCGGCACCUGGACGCCCGAAGGAGCGAUAGAGGAGUUUAUUCGAAAGCGAGAGGCUGAAGGGCUUAGCCUGUAG